AUGCCUAAGCAUUCUGGAGUUAACACUAAGGCCAUGGAGGCCAUUCAGAGGCGGAAAGAGCAAAAAGAGCUCGCCGCUCAAAUUAAAGAGCAGGAAAGAUUAGAUAAACUGUGGCAAGAUGAUGAUAAAUUAAAUAAAGCAAAACUAGAUCGGAAGAAUGAGCAAUUACGUAAGCAUCAAGAGAAGUUGGAGAAACGGGCAGAGUUACGUAAAUUAAUAGAAAGAGAGGAAUCUGAACUUACUUCUAAUAAAAAACUACCCAAAGGCUCUCCUGUACCAAAGGUUACAAGGGCAGAAUGCUUAAAGAAUCAAUUAUUACAAAUGGAAAAACAAAAGGAUUCACUAAAAGAAGAAGAAUACUUGGUAUUAAAUGACGGUGAAUUAAUGGCGAAUGAAAAUCACCAAUUAUUGUUUGAACAACUUGAUCUUGAAGAUAAAAACGUUGAUCUUAUAGCAGGUUAUACCAUACACACAUCUGGAAUUGAUAAUGUGUUGAGCUCAUUACAAAUUGAUAAGGAACAAAAGUCACUUAAAACCACUUACAUGGGAUUUCAAGAGCGUAAAAUGGCUGAGUUGAAGGAAGAAUAUCCUAACCUCAAAUUAUCUCAAUAUAAAGAUAUGAUAUACAAACUUGUAACACACUUAUCAAAUAAUUAUAUAAAUGAUAAUAAUUUUGUAGUGGAAGAAAUCGCCUGA